AUCUCUAAACCAAUCUGUUGUAAUGUGUCACGUCUUUCGCACCACUAUGGAAGCAAUUCCGCAUACCGUCGACACAAUGAUGACGUUAUUUAGCGUACUACUUGCAGCAGCAAGGUUUCUCACUCAGUACCAUCGAAAUACAUUGAAGCUUCGAACUGUGGAACGAUUCUCACGAGCGAUAUGGUUAAUUAUAUUUAUUUGUAUAGCAAUUGGCCUAUUAAGGUUUUUUGAGCACGAAACAACUGUUUACCAAUUCUGUAUGGAUACGGAACCAACACCUAGAUGGGCAUCUCGCUGCAUGGUCCGAGAUGGUGCAUUAAUGAGUAUUUUGACACGGUCAUUUUGGAAGGUAUUCCUGCCACUUUCUGAUUUCGUGGUGCAAUUCUUGUUGCCUGGCUGCCUCCUAGCAUUACUUCACGUUGGAUUUAUUCGCGAACCGGAGAUAGACAUGGGAGACAUGACCAGACACAAUCGCUUCGGACGUACACCUCGAGAUCAGACACGAAUACUCAUCACUACAGUAACAAUUGCAUUUCUCGUUGUUCAAGUACCCACUGCUUUCAUUACAACAUUGAGCCUCACUAUAAAUCAUUUUCAAAACAAUAAUGCACUUACGAUGAAUUCAGUGAUGAUACUUGCCUUGGUGACUGGUCACCUUCAACCGAUGCUUUCAAUCAUAACCAUUGCCGCUAAUUGUGCAGCUUUAUUAACCGCCUACUAUGUUAUUGUUAAGGACGACGACGUAGACGUGGGCGACUCACGAAAUUCUCUUUCGGAAACAGAAGGACCACAUGAGUUGUUAUUACGACACGAACGUGAACGACGUAAUACAAGGCAAGUAUGGACGAGCUUGCGAAGGUGGGGCCGCAUGCAGCCGAAAGAAAGCAGCAUGCGGCAACAUUUGCUGUGCAGCCGUCUCAGUUCUGCUUAUCUUCUGUUCCUUUUCAUGAUCCAAAGUUAUGGAUCC